CUGUCAAAAAGUUUAAACCUUCCCCACUUCAUUAAAUACCACCGAUUGAUCUUCUCAUCCAAAUUCCUAUGCCCUCUCCACCAAAAUGCUCUCCGCAUCUCAACCUCAAUCCAUCUCUUCAUCUCCAAUUCCUAUAAUGCGCCAUGGGUAAGGCUGCUAGGUGGUUCCGUUCGCUUUUCACCUCCAAAAAGCCCCCGGCGAAGGGAAACAAGAAGAAUAAGUGGAAUCCCUCCGAUUCCCUCGAUGCUUCCCUCAACUUCAAGAAUUACGCCGAGGACCCCAUGGCCAGUCCCUACAUUGACGGAAUAGACGCCAACAAGCAUGCAAUAGCGGUGGCCGCUGCCACGGCGGCUGUCGCCGAGGCGGCGCUGGCUGCAGCCCAGGCCGCCGCUCAGGUGGUUCGGUUGACCAGCGGCAGUGGGAGUGGGAGAACUGCACCAAACAUUGCUGAUCGGAGGUCUGUAUUGGCCGCAGUCAAGAUUCAGUCUGCUUUCCGAGCUUAUUUGGCUAAGAGAGCGUUGAAGGCCCUUAAGGGAUUAGUAAAGCUUCAAGCCCUGGUGAGAGGGCACAUUGUGAGAAAGCAAAGCACAGAUAUGCUCUACCGCAUGCAAACAAUGGCCAAGAUCCAGGCUCGAGCCUCUGCACAUCGAUCUUACACAGAUGCCAGAAUUAACUUCUUCAGUAGUUCUAGUCAUACAGGCGUGGGAAGCAUUGGAAAAAACGCAGAGAUGUCAAAUACUUUGAAACAUGGUGGAUCUCUUAUUAAGCAACAGCAUUCAAGAUCACAUAUUGGAAACAACGUCAACAAAGAGAAGCCACAUCAAGCUUCAAGAUGGUUAAAUCACUGGAUGGAACAAAACGCGCGGAACAACCUUCAUGAUGAGGCCUCCCUAGAGAGUGGGAAUGCUGAUGAUGAGAGAAAUGACAAGAUACUGGAGAUAGAUACAUGGAAGCCUCGCCAGAAAACCGGUGGUGACAACAGAGCAAUUCCUAACUCCCACAAUUUCUCAGCAUGGAAGAAUAAUGACUUAGGACAUGACUAUUCAAAGAGAGUUUUCUCAAAGCUUCAAAAACCGAAUCCUAGCAUAUCAUCCGAGGAAGCAAGGACUGCUGACAACAGCCCAAGAGUACACUCAGCUUCGUCCAGACGAACCAGCAACCUAAGGGGCCCAUUCACUCCUGCGCGGAGCGAGUGCUCAAGAAGUGUUUUUGGUGAUUAUCUUAGCCACCCCAGUUACAUGGCAAAUACCGAGUCAUCUCGUGCUAAAGUCAGGUCUCAUAGCGCGCCCAAGCAGAGAACAACAAAGCAGGAGGAGCUCGCCUUGAACGCUACACAUGGCUGUGAUCCUUGGAAUAUGGACACUAUCUCAGAAAGGGGAUCUGCAUUUAGCAACACAUAUAUGUACUCUGGUCUUUUAAAGAGGCCGGGGACCCCCAGAAACAAUGCUGGCUACAGUAGUAGGGCCUACAGAUAAAUUUCUUUGCCAUGAUUUUUGUCUGAGCUACAUCAUAAAAGUCUGUGUGUGCAGAAGAUUCACGUAUUGUAAGGCAUGAAAAUUGUUGGUAGAACUUAUGGUAAGAACUAAGGAGUAGUUUGGAGAAAAGAGCUCAUGAUUUUCUUGUUUCUUGAAGUUGGCUUCGUAAGUGUGUUUUGUUUGUGAUCAGAAAUUGUUUGUAAGAAUAGAUUGAGCUCGUGUUUAUUUCCAACCAUAAUAAACAAUAUUGCACAUAUUUGAUUUGUA